GGAACGGUAUGCCCACAGCGUUAGCUCUUGAAUUCCGUCCACCUCACUCUUCUCGCAGUUCCACUAGAAGUAUAUCAUAGCAGCACUUUCAGCUUUUUGAGCUGCUACAGGUCAUGGAAUCAAACCAUGAGCCAAAGCCUUCAAGGAGGCCAAGGGACCGUGAUCCCGCUCAGCCUACUGAUCUUGCAGAGCGUAUGAUCGCUUUCCAGAGAAGAAAUGCAGGUGCAACUCGUCCUCGCGAACGCCCAGAGCGAACGCCGUCAUCUCCAUCUGCUUCCCGUUUACAACCCCCGAAUCCACCUCUUCCUUCCCGCAGCUCUCCCGCAGCAGCAACAUCUCCACGUAAGACUCAUCCCGCACCCCAUGUCGUCGUCUCCCAUCCAGAGGCAGACCCAGAAGAUUUCUCACGACGACUCAAGAUAUCUACUUCACCUCGCCCCCACCAUCAUACAAAGCAGACCCAGCACGGCAAAUUAUUUAAUCCAAAUACAGAUCCCAUUCCCAUGAGACGCACAACUGAGCCUGAAUCAAUUUCCGACGCAACAAGUAGCUCCUCCCCGCCACGCAACACCCCCACUUCUCAUCAGAGGGACCCGCCAGCAAAUCGCCAAUUAUUCGACCACCGCAAAGAUGAUCCUGUAAGGUUUGCCGUCUCAGUUCUCGCUCGUCCAUCAUCAAACGGUGGCCGAGUUCCACCUACCCCCAAAUCUUCAGGAGACUAUGUUUCCGCAUCAUCAACUUCUUCCUACGCCCAUUCGAUGUCUUCUAGUUUCACCCUUUCUUCUGGCACGACCGACAAUUCUUCCGCAUCGUCGGCAUUAUUUGAUAGCAAACCUCGCGAGGAUCCUAGUAAUAAUGCAUUCGCAGUUCAACUCAAAAGGCUGUACCGCAGUAUAUCUACACUCGAAACCAAGAUCCUCAAUGAAGACCCUGAAGACAUCGUGGAUGAAGGUCGCGUCGUUCUCCAAGGACGAGGGCGUGAAGUUAGCGAUGAAGACCUCCAGCAGCAAAAAUGGACGAAAUUGAUCUCAGACCAUAAACGACUCGCUGAGAUGAUGCAUAAUCUGAUGGAGAUCUCCCUCGCCCCGAGCGUUCCGGCUUCCCUUCGCGUUAUUCCGAGCAAGUACAAUAUCAUCAUCCGCCUCUGGACACACGCAUUCCACAAACUCCUCGAGGCCUUGAGACGUGCCUCGUUUUCCUCGCCCCUAGCUCUUGAACACCUUCAAGAUUUCAUAUAUUAUGCCUACACCUUCUACACCGGGCUUCUUGAGGAGCCCACCCUGCGCUCGUUCCGAUCCGGCUGGCUCGAAGCUCUUGGCGAUCUUGCGCGCUAUCGUAUGGCCGUGGCCGCAAUGGUUACCAACAAUCAAUUGAAAGGUUCAGCACUAACCACAGAUGCUGUUUCUAAAGCGGCCGCAGCAUCCGCUGAUGGCGAACCUGUGACAGCCAAGAGCAAGUCGCAGAUGAGCGUCAAAUCAUCUUCUGAUCGUCCCGCUGCGCGGGUUGACGACUCGCCGAGUCCGAGCAUUGGCGUUGUUGCCGCACGUAUGAUGGAUGUUGAGCCAGAGAAGGAACGCUGGCGAAGUAUUGCAAAGGAGUGGUACGCUCAAGGCCUUGCCGAUACCCCUGGUGCAGGCAAGUUGCACCACCAUCUCGGUUUGUUAAGUCGUGAGGUCGACAACGAGGAGCUACGCGCCGUCUAUCAUUUCGUCAAGAGUAUGACCACCCUUCACACAUUUUCAACCUCUCGGGAGUCCAUUCUUCCCAUCUGGUCAUCAACUGCACAGUCGCGGAGGUCGCAACCUGACGCCCGCGCACCAGAGCUCUUUGUUCUUUUACACGGCAUGUUGUUCACCAACAUCCAACUUGACGACUUCUCGCCGACUCUCGCUCGUUUCCUUGAGCGCAUCGAAAUCGAGGGAGCCGAGGAACGCGAGUGGAUCAUGAUGGCAGUCGUGAACAUCGGUGCCGUGCUCGAAUAUGGACGUCCGAGCGGCGUGCUGCGCAAGAUCGGCGGUGUAGGUGCUCGUGACACUGGCGCAAGCGGUCCGGCUGUAAAAGUUGUCAAGAAGUGUCAUGCUGUGCCCGCAUUCCAUGAAGAAGACAGUGAAGAGAAACGCAUGGACGUGGAUGACGAAGGCGAUCCACAGGCAUCUCCACUUCUAUCAGACGCACGUACGCCUGUGGAACUGCCGGUGUCAUUCAAACUAGCGAUGGAACUUGCGUUUUCGAUGCUGUCAUUCGUUCUCCGCAAUCCGACGCGGAAGGCCUCGCCUUUUGCACGUUCGACUCUGAAUCCUUAUCUCUCAGUCAUGCUCACCUUCUUGGCCACCGUCACAAAACAUGCGGAGACGCUUUCUGUAAUGGAGCGUUUGAUACCUUGGCAUGAUCUUGCCCAAUUUUUCGCUACCAUUCCCCGCGACAUCUUCACCGCGCAGGGAUUGGAUAUCCCAGCUGCUGGCAGCGAGCGGUGGGCGAUGCUGACAAGCGGUUGUGCCCCGCCUCUCUCCGAGGACUGGUGCCUCCGUGGGAUGGAGUGGAUCGGUCGAAAAGUCUUUGAGCGCGGAUACUGGAAGAGUGGAGAGGAGCGACGUGUGGAGGUGGAGAUUCUGGAUGUGGAAGAAGGCGGUCAGCUCACCGAUGGGAUCAUCGAAGAUGAAGAUGAUGAAGAUGAUGGUCACUCCCGUGGGGAGAGCUUGCGUGGGGAGACGAGUAAGAGAUGGAGUCGACUUGUGCGAUGUGCCGUUUCCUUGUCAACUGUUGUUGAUGGGUUCACCUGGGUGGAGGGCACGCGUGAGUGGAGGGUUGAGGGUGUACUUGAAGCGAAAGUGAUGCGAUGGCUUGAGGAAGAUCGACAUGAGCGCGAGGAAGAGGAGCGGAGGCGACGUGGUCGUCGUUGGACCGACGAUUCUAUGGAUGUCGAUGCUGAGGAUGAAGACGCUGAUGGAUUUUCAGAAGAGAGUGACGAUGACGAAAAUGAUUCUGAGGAAGUCAAGGCUCUCAAGGCACGCCGGAGGUACUUGCGGUCACUCCUCGUUUCAGGUCAACGCGCACCUGUUCACGUACCCAAACAACGGUCUCGCCCUGCCCGUCCCAGGAACAAUGUGUUGAUGCCAUCUCUGAACAUCGUGGCAGGAUAUACUAUUCUUGUACUGGAUACCAACAUUAUCCUAUCUUCCCUAUCGGCCGUCGCAUCCAUCAUUGAGAGUCUCCGAUGGACUGUCGUCCUGCCAGUCCCGGUUAUAAUGGAGCUCGACGGCCUCUCCUCGAAUCCAUCUAAGCUUGGCGAAGCUGCCCAAGAGGCCAUUGCAUAUAUCACUUCACACGUCCGCUCGCAUUCCACAUCCCUAAAAGUCCAAACCUCAAAAGGCAACUACCUAGCGUCGCUAAGCGUGCGGAUCGAGCAGGUUGAUCUCACUAAUGAAGACUCGUGGGAUCGCUGCAUGGAUGAUCUGAUUCUGAAAGCCGCGAUAUGGCAAGAUGAGCAUUGGGUGGACCGCUCAGCAUUGUUGAAGAAUGCUCCUGCUGUGCGAGAUGAUACUAAUGCCGUCAAGGUGGUGUUACUGUCCCUGGAUCGUCUCUUGCGUUUGAAGGCGCGUUCACGACAACUUGCAGCAGCUGGCGAGCAAGAUCUCGCUGCUAUACUAGCAUCUGGGACGUAAUGCAUGCUUGUGGGCUUCAUGAUAUCGAUGUCGCUUUCUAGCCUUUGAUGCGCCUUACACGCGGUAGGAUGUCUAUCAGUGGUGAUUGGGCCGGAGUUCCUCUUAGUAGGUCGCAUGUCCCGGAUCAAAUAGUGCCUUGGGUGGACCCUGCAUACUAUGGCACGCCGAGGAGUGUGUAGUAGGUGUUAGCACACAGUUAUUUUUUCAAAUUUAUCAUAUCAUCAUUUCUUGCACACAUACCCUCACUCUCAUUGCAUACAAUACCUUGUUCGCGUUCAUUAAAUUCAACUAUUAUCUGUUCUGUUUUAUUAUUGUUUUACUAGCAAUUUACUGGGAUGUC